AAGAGGAAGAGUUUGCCGGAGGAGUUCAGAGGGCAGGAACAGGUACGUCCAGUCUGAACCACCUGAAUGUGACACACCUGUUUCAGUGGGCGGAGCCACAGCAGGUGACAGACAACCAUAACACAAGACAGAAGGGACCUCGACAGCACAGAGACGCAGAGACGGUUCUCAGACACAGCACGCGGGAUGUUUAAGAAGAAGGAAUACAGUCCUGUCAAGGCUGGACAGUCGCAGGCCAAUGAGAUGCUGGCUGUGACCACACGCCUGCAGCAGAAUGCCGACCAGGUGGAGAAGAACGUCCUGCUGGCCGAUAAACUGCUGCUGGAGGAUCUGGAGAACAAGCGUGCAGGCUCUCCUCUCAAACAGCAGGGUCCGGCCGCAGAGAACCUGUCUCAGGCAGAGAUCUUACUGAAGGACCUCUUCAUGGAUGUCAGCAAAGCCAAAAAACUGCAGCACCCACAGGCCAGCGAGAUCGAGCAGGACGUGAGUAACCUGCACGAGCGCUGGUCCAAAUACUGCAGCACCUACAGAGAUCUGUACGGCCAGCUGCACGAGCUCUACCUGCCUCCCGGUGUUGACUGGAGCAAACUGCUGUCUGACAAACAGAAGCUGAUUCAGGGAGAUGUUUACGGUCCGACACUGUCUGAUGUGGAGAAACAGAUCGCAGUCCAUAACAUCCUGCAUAAACAGAUAGAGGCGUAUCGCUCGGCCCUGGAGAGCAGCGGGGAUAACACAUCUGCUCUUCAGAAGCAGUGUGCAGAUCUACUGGAGGCGAGUGAGCAGCGCCGGCAGCAUCUGGCGUCUCUCUAUGAGUUCAUGCACAGCUGCAGUAAAGAGCUGCUCUAUCUGAGCGAACAGCAGCACAAGAUCAUCAGCACAGACUGGAGCGAGCGCAUGAUCGACAGCGCCGGGGUGCGCAUGGACUACGAGAGGUUUAAGAACAACGGUCUGCUGUCACACGAGAAGGAAGUGAGCAAACUACAGGAGGACGCCAGUGUGCUCAUUGAGGAAAAACACCCCGGCUCAUCCGCUGUUAAGUCAUACAGCGCAGACGUGUCGAGAGAGUGGCAGCGAUUCCUGAAUCUGUGUCUGUGUCAGGACACACACCUGGACAACGUGGAGGCAUACAAGAAAUAUCAGCUGGAUUUGGAGACGUUCACUGAGUCGCUGAAGAGAAUCAAAUCCACGACCGAACCGUCAGUGCUGAACAACAUGAGCAACCCUGAGAUCCUGCUCACGCUGGAGGGUGAGGAGAGGUCCAUCAUGAGGAACGAGCAGCGUCUGGCGGAUCUGAGAGAGCUUUGCACCAACAUCGCUCCUCUACACCUGCGCCGGAGCAAAACAGACAAACCCAUCAGCGCCAUCGCCCUGUGUGACUGGAGCACUGAGAAGGACUCUGUGAAAAGAGGCGACAAGGUCACGCUGGUCUCUGAUCCCAGAGAGGAGAUCUGGGAGGUGAAAUCCAGCAAGGGAGAGACCAAGCUCAUCCCAGGAGUCUGCUUCCUCAUCCCUCCGCCCAACUCAGCCGCCAUCAACAAGGUGGACAGUCUGAGCAAGGAUUUCUCCGAUCUGAAGAGGACGAGGUCAGCUCUACAGGCCCAGGCCAAGACACCGACCGUGGAAGUCAUGCAGUUCGUAAAACAGGGUAUGAUAUACUAUUAUGAAUGGAUGAUGUUUUUUCUACAUGUUGUUUGUGUUGCGGGUGUUUACGACAGCGCGAAGGCCGGCCUCAUUGACGGCCGACUGGAACAGAUCUAUUCUGACCUGCUGAAGUUAGAGAAGGACAUCCAGAACCGAAUGAGGUCUCCGUUAGAUCGUGCUGCACCCAUCGCAGAUCUGACCGCCAGAAUCAAAGACCAGGAUAGUUUUGUCAUGAUUCUGAAGAAACUGGAGGCUGAGAAAGCAUCAGCUCAAAGGGAAAUGGAGCCCCUGAUAUCCCAGAAACCCCUGGGGCCCACCACGUCCUCGCUGCCGCUGAAACUGAGCAAAGUCAGCAACAAGAUAGACAACAUCACCGCCCUCUCUGAUCAGUACAACAAGAAGGCCACAUCUUCCAUGUUUCUGGAGAAACAGAUCAAGAAGGUGGACGACGUGCUGACGGCAUUCGAGGAUCAGUUGGCUGCAGACACUGGCAUCUUAGAUGAGCCCAAUGCCAUCCGCAACCACUCCAAACAGCUGCAGACCAUGAGUAAAGAGGUUGCAGCCAAGAAAGAUGACAUCCAGCAGUUAAACCGUGAGCUGGAAGUCACAGAGCAGGCGUGCAGCUCCCUGCAGAAAAGCUUCCAGGAGUAUUGCCCUGAUAUCCGCCACCAAGAGACUGAGGUCAGGCGCUUGAGGAAUCGCUACUCUAACAUCAACAGCCAGCUGCAGCAAAGGGCGACUCUGUUGCAAGAGGCUGUCAAUAAAAAUCAGGAAUUUAACAGUGCCAUCCAGUCGCUCACUGCUUUCCUCAUCAAUAUGCCCAAUAACGAAGUUCGGCCUGGUGAAAGUGUGUCACAAAUCUAUGCCAAGCAAAAUUCUCAGAUGAGAGCAGUUGAAGACAUCAGUAGAAAGCAGGAUGAUGUAAACCGUGUGGUGAAACUUUCUCGUGAACUGCAGGGUGUUCUUAACGAGUAUGAGCUGAAUUCAAACAAAUACCGCAGUGCAUUGGGAAAACCAGAAAUAAACACAAAAAGAACUGAUUACAUCACCCUGGCUGAAGCUGUGCAGAAAAAGGAAAGGGAUGUUGUGAACCUUUACUCUGAAGUAUCAGCACAGAAUAAUCAACUACUGAAUAAAGUGAUCUUGGCCAAGGACCUCAUCAACAAGAAUGAUGAAAUUGUGAACCAUGUGGUGGUGAGGCAGCAACUUCAGAUACAAAGUCAGCAAAAAGACAUGGACGAAGUUGAAGGUCUGAAGCAAGAGCUGGCUGAGGAAAUAUCUCGCCGUAGUCAUGCUGAGAAUGAUUUAGCCACCUACAGGAAACGGAUGGUGUCCCUGAAGAGUCGGAGAGGUGUGGAGCGAGUGGAAGAAAAGGAAACCGUGCAUUACUACCGUGAUCCGAAGCUUGAGGCAGAUUUGGAAGCAUUGAAGAGGAGGAUAACCGAAGAGUUCCAUAAACGAUCCCAAUUGCACACAGAAAUUGAGAUUGUCAACAAAAAAAUUGUCAGUCAUGAACGAGAGAUUAUCACCGUGAAGCCCAAGCUGGUGACAAAGGUGCUUACAGAAAUUGAGCGUGAUCCCAAAUUGGAUGUUGAAGCUGCGAGGAUCAGGGAGCUCAUACUCAAACUAAAGGAGGAAAUUCGAGUGCACGAGAGUGAAACGGUACAUAUGAGAACGGAAGUUACUGUCUUGGAGAACAAGAGGCCACUAAUAAAAGAGAAAGUGGUCCAGAAAGAGGUUUUGAAGCUGGAAAAAGACCCCGAAAUGCUGAAAUCUGUGAUUACCUUGAAAAACGACAUCUCGGAUGAGGGUAUCAGAUGCCAGAACUUGAAUGAUCAGAUAUUCCAAAUUAGGAGUCAGAUCAAUAAUCUAGAGAGGAUUAUUCCAACUAUACAACCGAAAACUGUCAUCAAAGAGGUGAAAAAGGUUGAGCAAGAUGCUGAUCUCCUACAGGAGUCCAAGACCCUCCGUGUACACCUGGAAGAGCUCAGACGAGAAUACAGUAUUUUGAUGAAAGAGUUCUCCAGCCUUCAGCUCCGGUACAGCCAAGUGGAGACCAUCAAACAAAAGACAGAGUUUAAUGAGAUCAUCCAUGAGAUAUUUAGAAUUGACCCCGAGACAGAAGUGGAACUGAGACGGCUGAGAAAUGAGCUUCUUGAAAUAAGCAAACGGCGUACUAGCAUCGAGAAUGAGAUCAACGUGAUUAUGGUGGAUCUAAAGACUCUGCGUGCCGAGAAGCCCAAGGUUGAACUGAAGGAGAUGACUCGAGAGGUGGUGAAAGAAGAGAGGAGUCCUGAAAUUGUCAAAGAACUUAAGAGGUUGAAUGAGCAGCUCACCAUUUUGAGAACCAACUACGACUCCACUAUGAAUCGUGUGAUUCGUCUACGUAAGGACAGGGAUGAGUGGAAGGCCGAAAGAUCGAAGGUGGAGACCAAAGUGGUGACCAAAGAACUGAUAAAGUAUGAAAAUGACCCUCUUCUGGAGAAGGAAGGUGAACGUCUCAGGAGGGAAGUACGUGAGGAAGUUCAGCGUCGUCGAACAGUGGAGGAGAAUGUGUUUGACCUUCAAAACAAGUAUAUUGUGCUGGAGAGACAGAAACCAGAGGAAAGGGUUGUGGUCCAAGAAAUUGUGCGCCUUCAGACAGAUCCCAGUCAAAUUCUGGCCCACGAAAGGUUAGUCAAGACUUUGGAAGAGACCAUCAAGGGUCGUAGGCAGCUUGAACUGGAGGUGCAGCAGAUGAGAUCUCUAGUCCUGGAGCUGGAGAAGAAGCUGGAGCUCGUGGAUCGGCAAAAGAAGAUCCUAGUAGAGACAGAGCUGAGACAAAUCAAGGCUAGAAUCUAUGAACUUGAAACUUGUCCAACACCUGUUGAGGAAAAGAUUGUUAUAGAGGAGGUUUUGAAAGUUGAGAGAGACCCUACAGUCGACAAACUAAUCACUGACCUUCGUACUACCCUGGAAAAUGAGAGUGCCAGCUUUACCCGCCUGGAGAGAGAUAUUCGAAACCUCAAAAUCAGCAUAGAGUCCCUGACCAAAGAGAAAUCUGUGGAGAGGGUCAUCCACAAAGAGGUUAUCAGGGUUGAGAAGGACCAAGCGGUGGAGUCAGAGAGAGAAAACCUUAGAGCUCGACUCACCCAGUUGAAGAAUGCUAGAGCCCUCAAAGAUGAAGAACUUCUGCGACUCAACAACAAAAUAACUCGUAUUCAGACAACCAGAACAAAUUUCUCUCAAGAAGAGACCAACUUGAUUGUUUACAGGGAUAGAAUCAAGAAAGAGCAAAACGAACUUCUCCAGGAGUUGAGAAGACUGGAGUCUCAAAAGCAGGAGAUCACCAUAACUUUCCAACAUCAAUCCAAACUCUCGAGUGAGAGGAACCAAGUCAAUAGGCAAAAGACCAUCAAGCUGGAGUCUGAGCUCCAGCGUCUGGAGAGAGAAAUUCUGGAAGUGAAAGAGCUUAUCAACCAGCGGGAAAUUACUAUCAUGGACCUCCAGAAACAAGCAAAGGCAGUGCAACAUAUAGAUACAAACACCAGAGAGACCAACGUCUCCACCAAAAUCACCAUUCUGGACCCAGAGACUGGCAAAGACAUGUCACCCUAUGAUGCCUAUCUUGAGGGUCUGAUUGAUCGCAAUCAGUACAUCCACCUCCAAGAGCUUGAGUGUAGCUGGGAGGAAAUCACAACCACCGGUCCUCAAGGUGAGACCACUCUUCUGCAGGAUCGUAAAAGCGGAAAGCAGUACUCCAUCAGUACGGCCCUGCAAAAUGGCAGACUGACCCAGUAUGACCUUCAGCGCUACAGAGAGGGCAAAAUGACCAUUUCAGAGUUUGCUCUUCUGGUUGCAGGGGAAAAGAAAACAAAGUCCUUCCCUCCUCUAAGUACAACACAAACAACAACUGUUCAGACACUCGCUCCAACAAACUCCUCCACAUUGACACGCCGCUUAUCCUACUCCAGCAACGGCAACUUGAACUCGCUGGUAAUCACCAGUGGAGAUGAGCUCUUCCCGAUUUCUGGUGUCUUAGAUGUCAGCACAGAAAGCCGAAUGUCCGUACGAAGUGCCCUAACGCGCAAACUGAUUGAUCAAGACACAGCGAUGAGGCUUCUGGAAGCUCAGGCCGCCACCGGAGGUAUUGUGGACCUGAACAAGAAGGACAAGCUCUCUAUUCACAAGGCGGCAGAGCGUGGAUUGAUCGAUUCGAGCCAGCUUCACAAACUCCUCAGUGCCCAGAAGGCCUUUACUGGUUUUGAAGACCCUGUGUCCAAAGAGCGAAUGUCAGUGGGAGAAGCCGCCCGCAGGGGAUGGAUCCCCAACGACAGUGCCUUGUGGUUCAUGGAGGCACAGGUGCUGACCGGUGGACUGGUAGACCCAAAACGAGCAGGUCGCAUUGACAUGCAGAAUGCCGUCGAUACAAAAGUGAUCGACGCAUCCAUGGCCAAGCAACUUCAGGAUGAUUCCGCCUUCGUGAAGAAUGUGAUCGACCCCAUCAAGAAGGAAAAGAUCACAUAUAAGGAGGCCAUGGCUCGAUGCAAGAGGGACCACACCACAGGUCUGCUCCUGCUCCCAGCUGCCUCAACUGACACUGUUGACACUCCAUCCUAUUCCAGCUACAAAUUCUCCACAAGAUAAAGACAACACGGAAGUGUGAAAACAGAUUUAAGUUCUGCAUAGCAUGGGACUUCUGAUUCUUUGUCUUUUUUCAUAAACAUAUAUAAGAUAAUCUCUGGAGCCUCUCAUACUUUUACUUUUUUUAUCUUUAACUCUCUUUGUUUUUAACAUGCUCUUUCAGUUACUCAUUAUUUUCUAGUUUAUCUUGAUGAAUGGGCUGCUGAAUUGCUUUUUGAACUUCAUAUAUAAUAAAAGGUCUAACAUAUACCCAAA